UCCCCAGGGUCCUAUAUACACCGGGGCCAAUCAGCCAGCAUGAAGCGCAGGUAUGCGCCUCCCAAUCAGCGCGGCCGCGCGGGAACCCGCACAGCCAGGGCUGGACCGGCAGGACCAUGACAAUUGGGAGAUUUGUAACGAUCAUCUGAAGGGGGUCCACUUGGCUAUGACUGGCUCUUUGCAGAGGAGGAGGAGUGCUAAAGGAAGCUCUGGCUCAUGGGAGGAGCCAGGGAGAAGCUUCCACGAUGCAAUGAUCUGGAUUGCGCAGCAAAAGCGUCAGAUCGAAAUUACAUUCUGGGGAGAAGAUCCUGCAGGCAUAGGGAAGAAUCUCAUCAGCCACCAGAGGUUUCACCACUCUAUCCAGAACAGCCCGGAAGUGGACCGAGCAAGGAGUGACCUGGUAAAGAAAGGAGACAAAGGAAAUCUUCAUGCAUUGGAGCAGGAGUGGCACAGUCUACAGCAAAUGUCAUUUGCUCGAAUGCAGCAGCUGGGAGACCUCCAACAGAUCAUUCAAGAACUGUCCAAAGAGAUCAUGUGGGUCAAUGACAGGGAAGAAGAAGAGUUGAUCUUUGACUGGGGUGAAAAGAACCUAGAACAGUACAUUCCCCGGAAGCAAGAAAGCUAUUCAAAACUGACGAGUGCCCUUGAAGAGAAAGAAAAGCACCUGAAUAAAGUCAACGUCAAAGUGGACACCAUGCUGAAGAACAAACACCCAGCUUCAGACAAGAUAGAGGCCUACAGGGACACACUGCAGACUCAGUGGAAUUGGCUACUUCAAAUUACCAAAUGCAUUGAUGUGCACCUGAAGGAGAAUGCAGCAUACAAUCAGUUCUUUGAGGAGGCCAAUGAGACAUACAGAUGCCUGGAGAGGCAACAGGAAUCCAUCUCUAAAACAUUCACCUGUGACAAGAACACUUCAAUGGAAAGCUUGCUGGAGAUGGUCAGGGCAUUAGAGAGGGAGGAAGAGACAAGAAAGGAUCACAAGAGACAAGUUCAACGUCUUGUUAAAAAGUCCAACAGCAUUGUGAGACUGAAAUCCAGAAACCCAGAAGACAAGAGCACCCGACCUGUGAUUGUCAAAGCCCUGUGUGACUUCAAACAAGACCAGAAGGUGAUCUGUAAGGGUGAUGAGGCAAUUUUGAAGGACAACAGUCAACGCACCAAGUGGGAGGUUACAGGUCCGGGUGGACUAGAUAUGGUGAUACCAUCGGUGUGCUUGAUCCUCCCUCCUCCCAAUCCAUUCAGCAUCAAUCUGGCUACCAAAUUCUUCAUGGUGUGGAGGACGUCUACAAUGGUUUCAUUAUGUGAGGUUGUGAUAAUAACACUGCUGUUAAACCUAGAUGUCUUGCAGGUGAUAAAAACGACAUCUUCGUUUGGGUUAACAGGACAUCCACUGAGUGUGUUACCAGGAGAGUUGUUGGAUGGUACAACACUACUUCAGCUGAUUGUUGGACUGCCAUUGCUGCUGCACACACUGAUUGGACACAGUGAGGCUUUGGUGCAUUCAAGAUUGCUGUUUUCCUUUCAGAGAAAUGAAGAGUACUAUGAGUCGAUCAUGUCCAUUUGGAAUCAGCUGUACAUCAAUGUUAAGAAUCUUAUUGCCUGGCAGUACUGCCUUCUGGAUAUCAAACACAUCAACUCUCUCACCAUCCCCAUGCUGGCACAGAUGAGUGCUAAGGAGUACUCCCAGUUUCUCAAUAGCCUUGAGAGUCAUUAUGAAGACUUCAAACUGUGUUGUCAAGGCUCACAGAUGUUUGGUGAUCAUGACAAGAGGACCAUCGAGAGCCAAUUCAAUGGGGCUAAAGCCCACUAUGGAACUCUUGUUGUGCAGUUACCUGCUUACAAAGCCCAGCAAGCACAGCAACAGCUAAUUAUAAUGACAGCAGCUGCUGAUGAGGUUUCCAAAAAGCUAGAGGAAGAGCAGCAGAGAACAGAGCUCAAAAAAGUUAAGAAAUGGAAGGGGAAAGUGUCAAAGAAAGAGCCAGUGAAGAAGAAGGUUGCUUGGUUAACAGAGCUACAUGCACUCAGACUGAAGCUGGAAGCAGCUGAAGGCUUUCUGUGUCAGCAUGUUCACAUCUGCUUGGGAGAUGAUGGGACCACAGACUGUGGACUCAAAAUCACACAAUUAGAGAACCUGCAGCUUGAUGUCAGCGUGAUAAAAGACGAGUACAUAAAUCAGAGGGAGAAUAUUAUGAAAGAACUGGAGAGCCUGAAUGAUUCAGACAAAGCUGAGUUUCUACGCAGUGAGCUUGACAUUAUCAUCCAACGUCUCAGCACUCUGGAAAAUAACUCAUCAAAUUAUCUCCAACAGCUCCAGGCUCUAAGGGACAUGCUGGAAACUAUGGCACGUGCGGAAGAUAUAGUUAAAGUUCAUGAGGCAAGAUUGACAGAGAAGGAGACCACUUCUCUAUCACUGGGAGAUGUAAAGGAUGACUUGAAGACUCUUAAGAAUAUUUCUGAGGAAGUGAAUCAGCAAAGUGAUGUUCUGGCCUCACUGGAGGCAGAACUUGUCAAGGCUUAUUGCUGGAAUGCCCAGGUGGGUGGACCCUUCUACAGGUGUAAUAUGAUGUUGUCAAAAUACACUGAGCAGGUGGGAAGACUGUCAGACAGGUGGAGCAGAAUCAAGGCACAGAUAGACACCAGACUCCAGGAUUUGCAGCAGUACCUGCCUCAGCUGGAGCACUACAAGCAAUCCAGUUCCUCCCUCACUGAAUGGAUUGAUAAAACUCGCAAAAUGAAAGACAUCCUGCAGGUCACCAAUAUACAAAAUAUUCAAUCUGUGAAAGACCACAUCAACAAUCACAAGGCUCUGAAUGCAGACGUUAAAUCAAACAGGGACUCAUUAGAAAGUGUCCUGAAAGACAAUGAUGCCUGUGUGACCUCUAUCAAGGAUUAUGAAACAGACCUAGCCUGUUAUGCCUCUGGAUUAGAGACUUUGCUCAAUAUCCCGAUUAAGAGAACAAUGCUGAGAUCGCCAUCCAUGGAUCUUAUUCUGGAGGCUACUCAACUGCAGACCCAGUACAUGGAGUUACUUACUUUGUCUAAUGACUACUUGAAAUUCCUAGGAGAGCUCCUCAAAAACAUGGAGGGUAUUAAGAUUCGUAGCACUGGGAUUGACCUGUUAGAAGAACAACUUCACAUGUUGAGGGCGGCUAUUGAAGACCACAAUAACAAGAAUAAAUGUCUUGAAGAUGCUGUUGGCCACUAUAAACUUGAGCUGUUCCAGUCACAGGAAAAGCUGCUGUCAAUGGAGGAGAUUGAGCGAACAGCUGCUCUGCAGUGCAAUGCUGCAAAAGAGAGCCUAGAGAACACUCACAACAAACUGGCGGACUUUGCUGAUCAAGUGGCACGUCUAAACUACUUGCUCGACGAAGAAAAGAGGAAGAGAGAAUUGGCAGAGGAGCGCUACACCCAACAACAAGCAGAGUAUGAGUCAGUCCUUAGAAAGAGGGAUACAGAACUGGAGAGUGUCAGCUGGUCCAAAGUAGCAGUGGAAUAGAACAAUGCAAAACAAGAGUAUGAUAUUAAACAGCAGCAGUGUAAACUAGAGGAGGAAACCUCGAAGGUGAAAGAGCUCCAGAAUGAGAUUUCAAAGACUUCACCCACAAUGCUAUCACUGCAGUCGCAGUACACUCACACUGUGAAUGAGAGAGAUGCUCUUCGACUGAAACUCCAGUUGUCUGGGUCAGACAAAGAUCAGCUCCAAAGGCUAGAGGAGGAACUCAGACGCAUUAAGUUGUCUCUUGAUUCAGAGCUACAAAAUAAACAACGUUUUCUGGAGGAGAAUGAGUGGGUGAAAAGAGAUUUAAGUUACUGGAAGGAACAAUGUGAAAGUAAGCAGGGCCUUGUCAACCAGUAUGAAGCAGACAAGGAAUAUCUGGAAAGGGAAAAGACUACUUUGAAAAGUGAGGUUGAGAGGCUUUCAAGGAAACAUAGUGAACUUGAGAAAACAUAUAAAGAAAAGCUGUCAGUCCUCCAGAAAGAAUUCACAGAUUUGAAUAUUGUGAGACAAACUUUGCAGGAUGAGUUAAAGAAAACUAGAGAAACCCCAAUUUUGGAUCCCUCCACUGUCAUCUUUGAUGGUGUCCGGAAACCAAUCACAGCAGCCCAAUUGCUUGACUAACCUAAAACACCAACAACUGUCCAAGGACUAAGAAACCAGGUCUCUGACAAAGAUCUAGUAGAUGCAAACUUGCUGGAGCCAUCUGAUAUUGAUGAACUGAAACAAGGGAGACUGACAAGUCAGGACAUUGAGUACCGCCUGCGGUCCUUUUUUGGCAUGUCCACCUGCAUUGCAGGACUAUUUGAUGAAUCCAGUGAUAAGGUGAUGACAUUUUAUGAGGGCAUGAAAUGUGGACUCCUGAAACCUGAGACCACUCUCGAGCUUCUUGAAGCCCAGGCUGCCUCAGGUUUUAUAGUUGAUCCUGUGCACAAUAUUCACCUCACUGUUAGUGAUGCUUAUAACAAAGGAUUAUUUGGGCUAGAGUGCAUGGACACCCUGCUAUCAGCAGAAAAAGCUGUGACUGGUUACAAACUCCCUGGUACAGAAAAGGUGAUCUCCCUUUUCCAGGCAUUAAAGAGGGGUCUAGUUGUGAAAGAACAUGGCAUCCAUCUUUUAGAGGUCCAGAUUGCCACUGGUGGUAUUUUUGAUCCUGAACUCAGCCAUCGGAUUGAUAUAAACAUGGCUUACAGUAAAGGAUACUUGGAUGAGGAAAUGAAUAAUCUCAUGACUGAUGCGGAUGUUGGUGGUAAGUACUUCUUUGACCCUAAUACAGAGGAAAACGUAACCUACCUGGAGCUUAAGAAACGUUGCAUUACUGAUAGGAAGACUGGCCUAAUCCUUUUGCCAAUUAUAUACAAGGAAAAACAAGACGGAACUAUAAAAAACACCCUGCGAAAGAGGAGGGUAAUAAUUGUGGACCCUCAGACUAAUAAAGAGAUGUCUGUAUCUGAAGCAUAUAAUAAAGGAUAUAUUGACCACAACACCUACCUGGAGCUGUCUCAACAGGAGUGUGAGUGGGAAGAGAUCAGUAGCACUGCUCCAGAUGGUUCCAAAUGUUUCAUUAUCGUUGACAGGGCAACAGGUAGAAAGUAUGACGUCAGUAAACUACUUGAAAAAAAAGUCAUUGAUGACUCAGUUUUUGAGCAGUAUAACUCAGGUAUCAUCACCUUAACAGAGUUUGCAGAUAUCAUCACUGAAAAAACUGAGCAUGGAUUGCCACCAACAAAAAUGUCCACAUCACAGGCUUCACUUCCAACUUCAGUGUUAUCAUCAACAAUAUUAUCAAAAUCUUCCUCCAUCACAAAUACAUCUACAACAAUACCACCCCCCAUUAAAGAAGAAAGCUUUGCAACGAGCAGUGGUUUCCGAGAGUCAUCUGAUACCUUAAAUCAAAUAUCUAGUUUCUCUAUCACAUUGGCCUUCCCAAUUGAAUGUGUUUGUGAAAAGGAUCCUGUGGGUGUCAUAUUUAAUUCAGAGACUUUAGACAAAAUAUCUAUAAUGGGGGCUCUAAAUUGUGGUCUUGUUGAUACUAUUACUGCUCAAAGACUGCUGGAGGCCCAGGCGUGCACUGGAGGAAUCAUAAAUCCAGAAAACGGGCGUCGACUCAGCAUCCAAGAAGCUUCCCGCCAAGCUAUAAUUAAUGAUGAUAUGGCUACUAAACUCAAGCCUGCCCAGAAAGCAUUUAUUGGCUUUGAGGAUAUGAAAACUGGAAAGAAAAUGUCUGCUGCUGAAGCCAUUAAGGAGAUGUGGCUACCUUAUGAGGCAGGCCAGAGGUUUUUGGAGUUCCAAUUUGUAACAGGAGGACUUUAUGACCCAGAAUUGGGCUGUAGACGGACCACAGCAGCUGCUCUGAAAAUGGGCUGGAUUGAUGGUAGCACUGCUAUGAAACUCCAAGACAUCAGACACCACACAAAGAAUUCAGUAUGCCCCAAUAGCAAAUUGAAGAUCUCUUAUAAGGAGGCUCUUGACAACUGUCUACUGGAGGAGAACACUGGUCUGAGAAUGUUACCAGCAUCAUCAGUGUCCUCCAGAGGAAUAAGCAGUCCUUAUAAUUAUGCGUCUGCCCCAGGAUCCAUCACAGGGUCUAGAAGUGGCUCACGGCGAAGUUCCCGAAGAAGCAGUUUGGAUUUAGGCUCCCUCACCUCUGUCCACCAGUCACCACAACCAUACAAGCUUUACCAACCUCUUAUCUAAUCUCACAUUAAAUCAAAAUAGAAUCCAUAUGUAGUGGAAAGUGUUGGCCUCACAGUUCUGAGGUCCCUGGUUCAAUCCUGGCCCUCCCUGUGUAGAGGUUGCAUGUUCUUCCCGUGCCUGCGUGGGUUUUCUCCAGGCACUCCGGUUUCCUCCCACAUCCCAAAAUAAUGCAACAUUAAUUGGUCACUAAAAAUAGCCCCUAGGUGAGAUUGUGAGUGUGGCUGUUUGUCUCUAUGUGGUCUGCAAUUGGCUAGCAACCAAUUCAGGGUGUACCCCGCCUUCUACCCGUUGACAGGUGGGAUAGUUCCGCGACCCUUGUGAGGAAAAGCGGCUAAGAAAAUGGAUGGAUGGAUAGAAUCCAUGUCUGUGACUCUCCAACCCGAAACUGAUUUGGAAGACCGAGGUACAGCGCAUAAAGCAUUCACUAUGUGAAAAGGAUAGAUUUUCAGAUGUCAUUCAAACACCAGAAAAAUGAAAAAAGAUUACUUCCCACUUACAUUUGAUUUGAAUUUCUUGGGAAAAAAAACUAUUGAGAGGGUAUUCCGAAAUCAACAUGAGAAAAGUCAAGACAAUGAAAAGAACUCAACACCACUAAUUGGAAGCGGUUGAAGGCAAAGCCAAGAAAACCACAUCCAGUCUAAGAUUAACAGAAAUCUUGAGAUUAUCUGCAGCAGUACAUUGACUUCAAAUGCAUGUCAUUGCACCGAUGAACCAACACAAAGUCGUAAUGUAGUACUUCGUGUUGUAAGGAACUCAACCUUGUUGUGACCUUAAUCCUGAAACAGCGUUUCCAAUCUUUAAAUGGACAUACAUUAUCUUCACCAAAUGCUACCCCAUUUCCACAAUCUAUACAUAAUUGAAAAGCACUUUUAAUGCCUUUUGAGAAAAUGUAUAUUGCUCAAGUCAUGAUCAUGCAACCUCUAUAAAACUAUACAUCUUUUUUUUAAUGUGUAAGAAAUUGGCAGUCUUGUUGGCAGAUAAAUAAAUAUAUGAAUGCGCAAAGCCGCAGCAACUUAAUGGAUGCUAAUGUCCCACUUGUUUUUUGUAAUUAUGUCUUGGUGUGAAAGGGGCUUUUUUUUGCUUUGGGAACAUAAUGCUCUGAUUUUAUUUAUUCUGUAUUAAUUAGGGUAUUGGGUUUAUUUUUAUUCCUGCAGAGGGCUCCAAAAUUGUAGCUGUACCUCAAAGUUUGACCACAACCAGAGGUUGGGUUUGUAGUUAACUAAACUCUUACCAUGAUUGAACAUUAUCUGUCCAGAUAAUAAGUUGAGAAACAUUUUAACAAAAGUUGAGAUUCAAGUUUAGAGAGAGGCGCCACAGUGUUUAACCAGUUAAGCAAAUCUGCCUCACAGUUCUGAGUACCUGGGUUCAAAUCUGGCCUCUCCUGUGUGAAGUAAAUUCUCCUCAUGGUUAGGUUGGUUGGUGUGCUUUUUGCUGUUUUUAUUGAACAGGUACAGAAGUCAUCAGCUCAAAACAGGACAGAACACAGACCAGGCACACUGACAGCUAAUUUUGGUCGGAUUCCAGAUUGUACAAUUUUUGUGGAUUUUGAAUUUCAAGGUAUCACUGUUCACUAAUUUUGUGUUUAUUGUGUUUUUUGUUUCUUCCAAUUUUCAAGUCCUGUAAUAGUUUA